CCAGCAUUUCAAAAGUAGGUAACAUUUUUAAAAGAGACAAAGCUACAACUACACACUGUCACAGAGUGACUGGCCCCUUUAAGAGGGAGCAGGGUUCAGUACACCUGUGACUGAUUAAGGGAAGGCAGUUGAGCCUUGUAUUAAGGGGGAGACAGCAGCAGCUGAGUGUUGGUGAGCACCUGUAGACAUUGCAGAGAGUAAGAAGGCUCCUGUGGAGAACUGAGUUGAGGGGAAAGAAGGGAACACCUCAUUGGGGUAGGAGACCUAUAAUGAAGACCAAAUCCCAGCUAGGAAGUGCUGGGUGAAUAGGAAGACAUACUUUGACGGAGGAGGGGCUGUGCCCAGCUUGAGACUGGGUGAAGACUACAGGCCCAGAUCUUGCAGUACACUAAUGGAUCACAUACAUGGUAGGAGAGACCUUUGGAUUUGAUCCCGCAGUCACUUCAGUUGAACUACUCAUGUUCUCUCUCGACCAUCUUCAACACCUGUGUAAUGUGCUGAACUCGUCUUAUGCUCCUCCUCUCGGGCAGGACUUGCAGAUCUCAAAAGAACACUGGUGAAGUUUGGAUGCCUUUUGAGUUCAUCUCCUCCUUUCCAGAAGAUAAACUGUGAAACUGAAUAAUGUGGAAAAUCCUUCCACUCUCUUUUUGUAUGUGAGUUUGAGACAAGAUUGGUAUGGUCUUAGCAGCAAAAGAUCAUCUCUAGAAAUUAACUGCAACUAUGAGUUCAGAGGAGAAAGGUGUAUCUUCUGCUCACAAAACAUCCACUCCAUCACAUAAAAGUGCCUCCUCUUCAUUGUCAUCUCAGAGGGACAGUAAGCAGAGUGCUCAUGUAUUAGAGCGAAAUAUUUCUUUCGGAAAUGCAGACCCAUCUGUAAGCAAGCAAUUGCUCGAAACUGAGUCUCUCUCUCUAUCUAAGGAACCUGACAGCUGGGAAAUCAUAGAGGGGCUGAAAAUAGGCCAGACUAAUGUCCAGAAACCAGACAAGCAUGAAGGUUUCAUGCUGAAGAAAAGAAAAUGGCCGUUAAAAGGCUGGCACAAGCGCUUUUUUGUCCUGGAUAAUGGAAUGUUGAAGUAUUCAAAGUCACCAAUUGAUAUUCAGAAGGGCAAGGUACAUGGAAGCAUUGAUGUUGGCUUAUCAGUUAUGUCAAUUAAAAAGAAAGCUCGUAGAAUAGACCUUGAUACAGAAGAGCAUAUCUACCACCUGAAAGUGAAGUCCCAGGAUUCAUUUGAUGCAUGGGUAUCAAAACUGCGCCACCACAGAUUGUACCGUCAGAAUGAGAUUGUAAGAUCACCAAGGGAUGCCAGCUUUCACAUAUUCCCUUCAGCCUCUACAACAGAGUCUUCACCAGCUGCUAAUGUUGCUGUGUUAGAUGGAAAGGUUCCACAAAAUAGCUUUCCAUGGCAACCCCCCAUACCAUGUAGUAAUAGCCUUCCUGCAACAUAUACUACUGGCCAAAGUAAAGUAGUAGCUUGGUUGCAGGAUUCCGAGGAGAUGGACAGAUGUGCAGAAGAUCUUGCACACUGCCAAUCAAACCUCGUGGAACUUAGUAAGCUUCUUCAAAAUUUAGAAAUACUACAGAGGACUCAAUCGGCACCAAGCUUCACAGACAUGCAGGCUAACUGUGUAGAUAUUUCAAAGAAAGACAAGCGGGUCACAAGACGAUGGAGAACAAAAAGUGUCAGCAAAGAUGCAAAAAUACAACUUCAGGAAGGGCCAGCGCUGAAGGGCCAGUUCAGCACAACACGACGCCGGCAGAGACUAGCAGCAGCUGUGGCUACAACAGUCCCUUUCAGUGCUACAAUGUCACCAGUUCGCCUGCAUUCAUCCAACCCCAAUCUUUGUGCAGACAUCGAAUUUCAGACUCCCCCAAGCCAGGUAGCUGACCCCUUGGAAUGCUCCAUGGAGUACAUCAAACUUCAAGAAGAGUUUUGCCUCAUGGCACAGAAAGUUCAUUCUCUUUUGAAGUCUGCCUUUAACAGCAUAGCUAUUGAGAAGGAGAAGCUUAAGCAGAUGGUUUCAGAACAGGACGUUGCAGGCCACAAUUCACAAAUAACACGUCUCAGACAAUCACUUUCUCAGGCUCUCAACCAGAAUGCUGAACUAAGGAGUCGCUUGAACAGAAUACAUUCUGAGUCUGUUAUUUGUGAUCAGGUUGUCAGUGUAAAUAUUAUCCCUAGUCCUGAUGAGACUGGUGAACAAAUCCAUGUCAAUCUCCCCUUGUCUCAGCAAGUUUCUCAUGAGAGCAGGCUCUCUAUGUCUGAAUCUGUCUCCGAAUUCUUUGAUGCACAGGAAGUGCUUUUGUCGGCAAGCUCAUCAGAAAAUGAGGCUUCUGAUGAUGAAUCCUAUAUCAGUGAUGUGAGUGAUAACAUAUCUGAGGACAACACCAGUGUUGCAGACAAUGUUUUCCGACAAAUUCUUAACGGUGAGCUAGCAGGAGGUGCGUUCAGGAAUGGACGUCGGAUUUGUCUCCCAGCUCCCUGUCCUGAUACCAGUAAUAUCAAUCUGUGGAAUAUUUUGAGAAAUAAUAUUGGCAAAGAUCUCUCCAAAGUCUCCAUGCCAGUUGAACUAAAUGAACCUCUUAAUACUUUACAACACCUUUGUGAAGAACUGGAAUACAGUGAACUCCUGGACAAAGCUGCUGAAACUGAUGAUCCAUACGAACGCAUGGUUCUCAUAGCUGCCUUUGCAGCUUCAGGGUAUGCCUCCACUUACUACAGAGCAGGAAGCAAGCCAUUCAAUCCAGUGCUCGGUGAGACUUAUGAAUGUAUUAGGGAAGACAAAGGAUUCCGAUUUUUCUCAGAGCAGGUUAGCCAUCAUCCACCCAUUUCUGCCUGUCACUGUGAAUCAAAGAAUUUUGUUUUUUGGCAAGAUAUCAGAUGGAAAAAUAAGUUCUGGGGGAAAUCAAUGGAAAUCCUGCCAAUUGGAACACUGAAUGUGACUUUUCCAAAAUAUGGAGAUUACUACGUGUGGAACAAAGUCACCACCUGCAUACACAACAUCCUUAGUGGAAGGAGAUGGAUAGAGCAUUAUGGAGAAAUAACUAUCAGAAACACAAAAAGCAGUGUUUGUAUUUGUAAACUCACAUUUGUCAAGGUGAAUUAUUGGAAUUCAAAUGUAAAUGAAGUCCAAGGGAUUGUCAUGGAUCAAGAAGGAAAGGUGGUGCAUCGCCUCUUUGGAAAGUGGCAUGAAGGGCUAUACUGUGGGGUUGCACCUUCAGCAAAAUGUAUAUGGAGACCAGGCUCCAUGCCAACUCACUAUGAACGUUAUUAUGGCUUUACAAGGUUCGCUAUUGAACUCAAUGAGUUAGAUCCUGUAUUGAAAGAUAUUCUUCCAACAACAGAUGCACGAUUCAGGCCAGAUCAGAGACUUUUGGAAGAAGGAAAUGUAGAAGCUGCAGCCACAGAAAAGCAAAGAAUAGAGGAACUCCAGAGAAGUCGAAGGCGGAACAUGGAGGAGAACAACAUUGAAUACAAACCAAAAUUUUUUAAAAAAGUUAUCGAUGCCAAUCAAAGAGAGAGCUGGGUUUCUAAUGACACCUAUUGGGAACUGCGAAAGGAUCCUGGCUUUAAUAAAGUAGAAACCCCCAUACUCUGGUAAACUGAGAAUGUAGAUCUAGUAAACAUAUCACUCUCUGAAGAAAAAAAUAAUAACUAUGCACAAUAUGUUUCUUAUAGCUAAAUGUGGUUUGUGGGUCUACAGAAAACCUACCAUUCGCUUUUAUAUUCAUCUUUAUAAUGGACUUUCGAAAGUGCAUUAGACCAGGUCCCUGACCACUUUUGGAUCCUUUUUAUUUUGCAGCAGCCAUUUAAAAAUAACCUUUAAAGUUUCAUGUAUUAAAAAUGCAAAACAAAGGAAGCUGAUACGUUAUCCAAAGCUGUUCAGAAGAGGUUGUAAUACACAAAAUUGCAACUGGUGCUUAAAAUUGACAUUGAGAGUAACAACAAACAAACAAAAUGCAAGAAAAAAAAAUUUUGUUUUAACCUAUUUUGUUAAAAACUCUUGUGUUACAACAGUCUAUCAUUUACAGCUUGAGGCUAGUCCUUUAGUGUGAUGUGCUUGGACUGGCCUUGUCAAAAAGACAUAAUGCUUUUCUGGAAGCUGUUCCCAUUCAUAUGCCAUUGUUCAUGCCUUAAACAAAACAUGAAGAUAUCCAAUAAGUCAUUUUAAAAUAUGUAUUCUUAGGCUUGUGUGAGCAGCAGAUUUUAUUCAUAUUCUAAAUAUUGGCGAUCAUGUAUUAUUAAAAAUAAAAUCCACCUAAACUGA